GCUUUGCUCUUAACAUUUAAAGCUCGCGAAUUUUGAUCAAUCAUUCAUCUGGGUGUGCUUGUUUUUGUGUGCAAGAACUAAUUUUCUUGUUUAGGUGCUUUAAUUCGGUGAAAUUCGCAUCUGGGUUUUGAUUGGAUUUGUGGGUUUGCAGUAUUUUAUUCAAUUGGGUUUCUGUUUGCUAUUUUGUUUGUGUUCUUUACUGUUUUAUGCUUAGUUUUUGUUCAAUUGGGGUUUUUGUUUGUCUUAAUUGUUGAUUAGGAAUAGCAUUGGGAGAGUUGAAUGAGUAUUUGGAGCAGAAGAGGGUCUCACAGACUUUGUGUUUUAUUGUUCCUUUUAGCAAGGAUUCUACAGGUUGUAUUUUUGUUCUCAUGCAUAAAUACUAUAAAGAUUAGGUUCAAAUGCUAGGGAUUGCAUAUGUAACAUACGAAAAUGGAAUAUGCUUCGAGCAAUGGAAUUCAAAGUGCAACGCCAUCACUAAUUUCUAGUGCUGCAUCUUAGAAAAAUUUGAUAUGUACUGUGGUUUUUGGUCGCUGUAAUUCAUAGCAUGAGAUUUCUGGACUGCUGGCAUCGUGGGCGGUAGCUUCUACAGAAAACUGGCACCAUAAGCAUGGGAAGCAAUGCCCCUAUAUACACUUGUGUUGGGUGUUUAAGAAGAAUAACUGCAGAGAAUGGGCGGUUGUUGCUGUUCUUGCAGAAAAGCUCAUCUGCAUGGAGCACCUGUAUAUAUCUAUUGUCCUCCGGUUUUGGAAGAGCAAGAGUCCUUAAGAUCUCUUGAUGUCACAGCCUCCACAAUCAGUGCAGGACUCCUGGUUCAUUGGGAUCUGGAAGCAUCAAUACCAGACACUUACAGACCCCCUCCUCCACCUUUGCCAUAUGAUAUGGUCUUUGGAUGUUCACGAUCAACAGAUUCUGAUUCUGCCAGGGAAACAAUUAGCUGCAGUAGUUUUGAUACUUCAGCAACUUGUGGAGAUCUUGGGGAAUCAGACUGCAAAGUUCAAGAAAGUUCUUUGGAUAUCUCACCGAAGAAGUUAGAACUUUCAAAAUCAAAUGAACCUCAUGUUUUAGAAAAAGAAGACGAAGAUGUUUGUCCCAUUUGUCUCGAAGAGUAUGAAACAGAGAAUCCAAAGUUUAUCACAAAAUGCGAACACCACUAUCACCUCUCGUGUAUCCUUCAGUGGAUGGAAAGAAGUGAUUCCUGUCCUAUAUGUGAUCAGGAAGUCAUUUCACCAACGAAGAAGGUAAAAGAAGAGUAAAAAUUACUGAAGCACCUUUGAUUUUUGGUGGAAUGAUGAUUUCGGAACAGUCACAAUCGUAACGGAACUGGUAGUUGAACAUACCUCUAGUUUGUAGCUCUCUCGUGCUUUUACAAAACCAAAGUUUAUUUGCUUCUUGAAGUCGGAGAUUGGCAACACAGUAGACUCUGGACCGACAGUAGCACUUUGUUUUGAAACUUGCCAGGGAUGUGCGGCCUGCAAAUUCAUUUAUAAUUUCGGUCAUGCUCAAUUGAAGAUUGCACCGAAUCUCUUUAGUUAGCUGUUUUAGCAGGUCAAUUGAUGGCAAAAGUUUCCUUCCCUAUGUGUAUAGCUUGAUUCCAAUUCUCAGACAGGUCUCUGGAUUUUAAGUGGAGCAAUCAAGAGGUUAAGAACAAGGCCUUCCUGUGGAACCAAGGUAACGACAGAUCUGCUAUCCACGUAGGUGGUUUGCUACACUUUUUGUACAGAUCUCUUAGUUUGUUGUAGGAAUCCUUCUGUACCAUUUGUUGUUAUCGGCUGCAUGAUUUGUUUACACACUGCAGCCCUUAAAUUUGUAAGUUGUGUAAAUCCCAUUUCUUUUACUCUCUGGGUGGAUUUGAUUUGAAACAUUUGUUUCAUGUGUGAAAGCAUGCAAUGAUCAAGAAAUGUAGUCCUGAAAAGUGUAUCACACAAAGUUGAUCAUUUUAAAAAUAGGGACUAGUUGUGGGGCUCAUGUUUUGAUA